AUGGACCUUUCGCCUCUUUGGACGACUUUGUACGUCUUGGCAGGCAUCUUGGGAUCAUACAUUGCGUUUGUUGCCCUCCUCACGAUACCUGCCUGCCAGAAUCAGGUCAUCUACCUCAACGCUGUCACGCUGACAUGGUUCAAGAAUGUGUCAAUUCCUGAGCAAUGGGGUUUCCUUCACAACCAAGUGACGCCCUUUACCCUCAAAACGCCAGAUGGCGAGACUCUGCACGCUUGGCACAUCUUACCGCUGGGCCUGUAUGAGCAACAUGAGCAUGAACUCGUCAAGGAACCCGAGGGAAUGGCUCCAAAUAUCACCACUCGCCUAUCUUUUCGGCUACUGCGCGACGACCCUGAGGCUCUUCUGGUGCUCUACUUUCACGGAGCAGCCGGCACUCUUGCCUCGGGUUUCCGCCCACCCUGCUACCGUGCUCUUUCGGCCACUUCACCCUCCAAAAUCCACGUUGUUGCCAUCGACUACCGGGGCUUUGGCUCCAGCAGCGGAAGCCCUUCGGAAACAGGCUUGCUCACCGACGCCUUGACCCUGGCCUCCUGGGCCGCAGACACAGCCGGCAUCCCGCCCUCGCGGAUCGUCCUCUUUGGCCAGUCGCUGGGCACCGCCGUCGCCAUAUCCCUGGCGCACCACCUCGCACUGAGGCCGACGGAUCCCGUGUUUUUCAAGGGCAUGGUCCUGGUGGCCCCCUUUGCAGACGUCGAGCUGCUGACGGCCACGUACCGUGUAGCGGGCACGAUCCCGCUCCUCAGCCCGGUCGCGCGCUUUCCGCGGCUGCUGGCACUGCUGAACAAGUUCAUCAUGUCCAAGUGGCGAAGCAGAGAAAAGCUCGCCAGCCUGAUCAAAAGGGCCGAGGAGGAAGGCGGCGGUACGGGGCGGAGGUAUCACAUCGACAUCAUGCACGCCGAGGACGACUACGACAUACCCUGGUCGCACAGCGAGCACCUCUACCACGCGGCCGUAGAUGCGGCCAGGGCCGGCGGCGGCGGCGUCUCGUUUGAGGAGCUGGAUAGAGAGAAGGGCGCGACCAGGCGUGCUUUGGGCGCUGGCGGGUGGGUGGCUUCUCACGAGACGGCGAGGGGGUUGGUGAGGGAGCACAUUCUAAAGCACGGGCUGCACGACGUCAUCAUGUCGUUUCCGGUGAUUGGGCUGGCUAUCGCAAGGGCGUUUCGGGUCUGGUCUGGUCUAGAUAUUACAGCCAUGCAUUCGGCCACGGCCCUCACAGCACUGGCAACGCUCGCCAGCAGCGCCUUGGCCGAGACCAUUCACGGCGUCGUGGUCUACAGCCGACAUGGCGACCGCACCACCAAACACUACGGCUCCCAGAUGCUGACGGACUUGGGCGCCCAGCAAAACUUCCAGGUCGGCAGCGCCUACCGCAGCCGAUACCUGACCCCGGGCUCUCCGCAGCACAUUGCCGGCAUCUCUACGGACAAGUACGUGCCCGGGCAGGUCUACGCCAGCGCCCCCGACCAGAGCAUCCUCCUCGACACGGCCACGGCGUUCCUGCAGGGCCUGUACCCGCCACUGGUCGGGCGCGUCGACGACUCGGUGGCCAGCGCGACGCUCAAAAACGGCAGCAGGAGCGUGGCGCCGCUCGGCGGCUACCAGUACGUGGUGCUGCACGGCAAGAGCGCCGACUCGCCCGACGCCGUCUGGAUCAAGGGCGACGACGGCUGCCCGACCAACGCGGCGGCCGCCAAGUCCUUCUUCCAGAGCGAGCAGUUUGCCCAGACGGACCGCGCCACGAGGGGAUUUUACGCCAGGUUCUACGACGUGCUGGCCGGCGGCGUCCACGACCUGAAGCGCGACGACAUGACGUACCGCAACGCCUACGACAUCUUCGACCUGGUCAACGUGGCGCGCAUCCACAACGCCUCGUCGCCCGCCCGCAACGUCUCGGACCCGGACCUGCUACAGCUGCGCACCCUGGCCGACUCGGCCGAGUUCGGCUACAACUUCAACGCGUCGCAGCCCUCGCGCAACAUCCACGGCCGCACCCUGGCCGCGGGCCUGCUGCGCCAGCUCAGCCAGACAGUCGCCACCAAGGCCGCGCUCAAGUUCUCGCUGCUGGCCGGCAGCUACGACACGUUCCAGUCCUUCUUCGGCACCGCCGGUCUGACCGGCCUCUCGGACGACUUCUUCGGCCUGCCGGACUACGCCUCCACCAUGGCGUUUGAGCUGUUCAGCAACGGCGACGGCAACGAGGACGACGACGACGACCCGGCUGCUCCCUUGCCCGCGGACGAGUCGCUGCGCGUGCGCUUCCUCUUCCGCAACGGCACCGACGGCGCCUUUGACGCCUUCCCGCUGUUCGGGUCCGGCGAGGAGUCGCUGUCCUGGCCGCACUUCGCCCGCGAGAUGGAGAGCCGCUCCAUCGCCACGACCGCCGAGUGGUGCGGCGCCUGCGAGAGCAAAAUGUCCUUUUGUGCCGCGUUCAACGGCGACGGCGGCAGUGUUGCCUCGGGCUCGCGGGCCGGCGGCUGGUCGGGCAUGUCCAACGCCGUGGCCGGCGUCGUUGGGGCGUUGGUCGCGCUCGCCGUCGCGGGCUUGGUCGGCGGCGUGGUGUUUUUGGUUUCGAGGAGGCGCAGGUCCAAGACGGUGGUUACCGAGGUGCGCAGUGACAAGCUUGGAGGCACUCGCUCCAGGCGGCGGCGGGCUGGGGCUGCCCACGAUGGGCCUCUCCUCGCCCUCGCCGACGUCGCGCUCCUGUAUGGCCUCGCGCCGCGACCAGAACCUCCGCGACGGGUGCUGGCCGAGGCUGUGGAGGCUGCCGCGCGUGGUGGUGCGCUCGAUGCCCGGCGACGAGGGCGAGUGCACCGCCGGCUGGAUGGUGUGCUCCGCCGCCCGGAUGCUCUGCAGGCGUGCGAGCUGCGCGCUCGUGUCGUGCCGGCGGCUCCCGUAGACGUCCUGGAACAUGUCCGGCCCGUGGUCUAUCACCACCGACGGGCCGCGGCGGCGCCGGACCGACGUAGUCGACUGCGAGGCCCCGGUGGACACGCCCGUCGACUGCUGCUGCUGUUGUUGUUGUUGUUGUUGGUGCUGCUGCUGCAGCUGCUGCUGGCGUUCUUGGUCCGCCGUGUGGAUGCUCAGGGAUGGGAACGGUACGACGGGGCUGGUGGCCGUGCCGUCCUGGCUCGGCUGGCUCUGCGGCUGCUCCGGCCGCGGCGUGACGUAGGUGGUGGCUGGCUCAAACGCCGGCGGCGGGACGCUGGUCCAGUAGAAGGGCAGGUCCCUGGUGCCUCCGGGCUGCUGCUUCCUCGGGCCCUCGAUGCCCAGCAGUGCCAUCUGGCGCAUCAGCUCGCCGGCGAAGCGGUUGUGGCGCUGCAGGCGCAGCAGCUCGUUUUGGAAGCUGGACUUGUGGAAGAAGACGAAGCUGAGCGUGACCGAGUACACCUCGUCGAUGGUGCUGACCUCGGUGAUGAUGCGGGGCCCGUAGUCGCGCUUGUUCUCCAGCACAAAGUCGGUCAUGCGGUCGCGCAGCUCCUCGAUGACCUCGUUGGUGGUACCGAACCGGACCUUGAGCACGAUCGGGUCCGCGAGGCCGUUGGACCGCCGCUGGUUGAGGAUGAAGAGGUUGUUGAGCAGCGAGUUGGGCGCCUGCACGACGUGGCCCUGCAUCUUCUUGAACUCGGUGUAGAGCAGCGAGAUCUCCUGGACGUAGUAGUCGUCACCCGUCAUCAUGUCGCCGGUGUUGCCGUACACGCGCACGCGGUCUCCGACGUCGAACGGAGCAGCCGCAGCGGAGCCCGAGAUGAUGGAGACAAAGACGAUGAUGGCAAUGACCAGGACGAUAAACAUAAAGACCUUGUCGAGCUUCUUGAUGACCGAGUCCAGAUCCUUGAGGGACGCAGCAAUGGCCUUCUUCUCGAGGUGGAUCUCGUUGCAGACCAGCUCCAGCUCCUGCAUCGACACGUCGCCGUUGAGAUCCUUGUCAAAGACGCCCAGACACGCCUCGGCGUCUUCGGUGUUAUCAAAGACCUUUUGGAAGUCCUCGAGCGUCAGGGUCUCGUUUCCGGGCGUGACAAAAGUCCGGAAGAUCAUCCUGCCCAGCGUGAAGCUGGUAGGAGUCGAACGCAGCAGCUCCGCCACCACCUUUUGCGGGUGGUUCUCGUCCAGGAUCUUGCGGCCGGUAAAGUCGCCGGCGACCCUGUUGGCGACGUUGCCGACGCGGGUGAAGGCGUCUCGGGCGUUCCGCUGCAGCGCCUGCAUGGGCGUCCUCGCCCCGGUCGCAGGGCUCUGGCCGUUGGGGCUCCACUCCUCCUCCUGCUCGAUCAUGGUGCGCGAGCAUACGUGCGGCGGUGGAACGAGUUGGCGAUCCACUGGAUCAAGAUCUUUUCGAUAAAGUUGAGCGCCGCCAGCACAAAGAGCGCAAUGAUGACCUUGAAAACCACGUCGAUCCACGAGACAAAAGGCUUGUCCCUCGGUCUGCCCAUGUCCAGGGUCGGCCCAUACGAAACGAGCACCGCCAGCAUCCAAAUGAACAAGGCCGUGUGCAGCUCGAGGCCUCUGCCGACAUCAAGCCACUUCUUGUGGUUGUUGGAGCCGACCAGCUUGGCGCACCACUUGAACAGAUACGGCAUGAUGGCGCACAGGAACCGCGAAGCCCAGAGUGUGCCCCAUAGGAUCUGGAGCCAGAUGCCGAACCAGUAG